AUGGCGACACCGCGAGGUGGGAGAGGCGCCAGCGGAGGCGAUCGUGGGCGCGGUCCCAAAGGCGGCAACAACUCCAACGCGAAUCGCGCACGCGGCAGGAACAAUGCGCAGAACGAAGAGCGACCGGCGCAAGGUCUAUACAAAGGCGGGCAGGGACGCCAGAAGAACGACUCCGGCAAUUCGAACGCUUCCACUUCGAAUCCGUUCGGCGGGAACUCUGCGCCUUCCUUUGCGCCCCACGAAUACCAGAAGCGACUGCAACACAUCAAAGCGGAGCGCCCCAAGAUCCGCGAGAAGUUCGUCCGCGAUGGUCUCAUGAACCCCGAAGGCCAGAUGCGCCUGAUCGACUCCGUCAAGCUGUACGGUCUUUGCCAGGAAAUGUGCCCGGAAUACGAGCGCGUGCGUCGCAUAGUCGAACUCGACGUCAAGGCCCCCGAAUGCACACCCGAGACCCAACACCUACCCUCCCGUAGCCAGCGCAUCGCAGAUGAGUCGCGCAUGGUCAAGGCAUACGCGCGGUCAGCGGCAGGCAUGGACGUGGAGCUGGUCUCAGAGAUUCGGUCGCCAGCCACGUGUCUGAAAACCCUCAAGUACCUGUACGGCCGCCUAGACGAAGACGAUUUCCAGUUCCUCCACUCAUGGCUUUGGGACCGCACACGAGCCGUUCGAAAGGACCUCCGCACACAACGUAUCGAGAACAGGGCCGACAUCGCGGUACUACUCACCUCGCUCGAGUACAGCGCCCGCUUCUACAUGUUGUCGGCUCAUCACAUGGCGCGGAGUACCAAGGACGAUUACUCGCAUCAACAAGACGUCGAGCAGCUGAAUCAGACCCUCAUCUCGCUGAAGGAGCGAUACGCCGACAAUCGACGCGCCAACAUCAUAUCAGAGUGCGAAGCCGAGUUCUGGGCAUAUCGCCUCAUCCUGGCUCCCAUCUACGCCAACACCCAGCUCGAGAACGAACUCCAUCGUCUACCUAGCGAUUUACGGAACAACCCACGGGUCCAAACCGCUCUCGAGAUCUUCCGCCUCCUCAAGUCCAUCCUCAUUCACAGGAAUUACGACAACUGGGUACAAUGCCAGUCGAAUUGGAAGCGGUUUUGGGAGUUGAUCAAGUCGCCCCGGGUAUCAUAUCUCAUGGCAUGUGCGGCCGCUAUAUCCUUCAACAGGGUCCGUCACGUUGCACUGGAUGUAGUCUGGCGUUGCUACCGAGUCGGUCUCUACAGGCAUCAGGUUUCCGUCGAAUUCUGGACAACCGACAGGCUGAGAGAAGUACUCGGCAUGGACACUGAAGACGAGGCCGUCGAGUUUUGCGAGGCGCACGGUUUUGUCUUCGAAUUCAACGAGCAAGGACAGCGCUUCAUGGAUAUCAAACAGAAGCACUACGACAGGAAAGCGAAUGUCCUCGCCAAGGCUGACAUCAAGCCUCAAUUUUUCUCCGCAACUAUCGUCGAGGCCAAGCGAUGUGGUCGUCCCUUGUCGACUGUCAUCGCAGGCAUGACUGUGCAGGAAGCCAAGAAAGGCGGGCUGUCUGCUAUGCAAGCUCAACAGAUGGAAGACCAGACGUCAUUGUUCAUUCCAGAGACCACCAGUGUCUUCAAACAGCAACCUUCCGACGCAACACCAUCUGCUGGUGGCUUCGGCUUCAACGCGACCGCAUCUCCCUUUCAGCAGAAUGGCAAUUCUACGACAAGUCCAAAUCCAUUCGCGAAAGCCGUUCAGCCUGGCCUUUUCGAUCCUUCCAAGAACAGCAUUCAGUUUGGACAGCCGGCGGACGCGACUGCCAAUCCAUUUUUGCGCAAGGACACCAACUCAUUCCAGUCGACACCGACUGCGCCAUCAUCAAACCCUUUCCUAAAGAACAACACUGCGCAACCGGAAUCUACGACGCCACAGACUGCCGCAAAUCCUUUCUUGAAGUUCAACAAUGCUGCGAAGUCUGAGCCAACCACCACACCGACCCCCGCGAAUCCUUUCCUGAAGAACAACACCGCGCAGCCUCAGUCUACAACACCUCAAGCUCCAGCGAAUCUCUUCACCCCAGUAUCGCCUUUCCCUGAUCCGGCGAAACUUCAAGCUCAGGCGAAACGUGAAGCUGAAUUCCAGAAAGGAUUCCAUUGGGGCGAAGAGCCUCCGGCUGGGACUACGCCAAAGCCUGCUUCCGCUUUGAACUUUCCUGGAUCUUCGUUCAAUGCUACACCUUCGCAAGGAACCCCACAACAGUCCUUCACCCCAUCAGGAACACCGCCUCCGACGGAUACUUCUCCACAAGAAGAUGAAGCACAGAAGGCAGAGCAGGUGAAGAAGGAGGCAGCUGAGAAGCAACGAAAACUGGACGAAGCACGCCAACGUGUACAGGAAGCCCAACGAGCAAAGCAAGCGAAGGAAGCAGAGCAGAAGCGUGAGGCUGAGGCUGCGGAAGCUGCGGCUGCGCGACAGCGGCAAGAACAGGCUGAUCGAGAGCGCAAGGCACGCGAGCAGCAAGAAGAGUUGGCUCGACAGGCGAGAUUCCGUCAAGCACAAGAGGAGGAAGCACGGCAAACACGGAUACGAGAGAAGGACUCGGCAUUGCAUGCGCUCACGGCGGAUGUUAUGUUCCACCCCCAGGAGGGAUUGCUGAUGCAGUUCGUCGAAAACGCUGCUAUGAAUUUAGCGAAGGAAGCUGCAAUCACUGUAGAGAUGGAGAGGAGAGUGGCGAUGGUAGAUCAGAAGCAUAAGAGAUAUCUAGAUGAGUUGAAGCGGGCAGGCUUGGCCAAGAUGAUGUUGGCGGUGCAAAAGAAGAGGAAAUUACAGAAGGCACGAGAGAGGAGGAAGCGACUGAAAGAACAGCGGGCAAAGGCGGAGGCCGGACCAGACGAAGAACCGGCAGACGCGCCUGCACCGGUACAGCCGGCAACAUCGAACGGUAAGACGACAGCAGCAGUACCACCAGAGGGGCGAUCGGUGUCUCAGCAACCUUCGAAUUCCCGGCGCGCCAAACGAACGCAACAGCGACACCAGGCUCAGAGCUCGGAGACGAAUGGUGUGAACUCAGCCAAAUCAGUGCCGGUCAACAACCCAUCUCCUGAGUCUACCUUUGACAAGAGCAUAAGCAACGCCAGCACAUCAAUCACCGCAUACUCCCAGGCAUAUCAGCAAGCCGUUGCGAAUGCACCAGUAGACCGGACCGAGACGGAUUGGUUCAGGUUGCGCGCUAUGGGCAUCGAUCCGAGCAAGCACCGGAAGCGCAGCUUCGAUUUUGGUUCAUCAGACGAAGAGAAGCCCAAGCUCAUCGAGCCCAAGCGACCCAAGUUGUCACCAGCGUCGCCUGCACCGGAGCAACAUGAGCAGUCAGCACCGAGAACUAUGCUCGAAGAACAGCGCGCUCGUGCUGAUGCCAUCAAGGAGUCCUUUAGGCAGUCAACAUCCACGACAUCACCGUCUCACUCCUUCAACGGCGCAGUGUCGUUCAGCGGACGGUCUUCAUUCAACGAUUCCACGAACGAUCUGAUUGCAAGGGCGCGACGGACGCUGGCAGAUUCAAGAGCUGAAAUGCCGCCUCCUUCUUUCACCCCAGGCAAGUCGUUGCAUCGAUCAGGAUCCUUGGACGCGAAUGCCAGCCAACUUAUUGCACGAGCUAGAGGUCUUGCUUCUCCGGCCGCCACUUCUUCAAAUGUCCAACACGACUGGAGUCGCAGCGUACCCAACCUUGGACUCUCUGCAUCUCAGAGCCGACAGUCCACAUACGGCACAUCGACAUACGGCAGCACCCUCCGCACCAGCACAUCCAUGAAGAACCGUCCAGCAUACUGGGAGCGUACAAGCCGCUUCGUACCGCGCCAUCUCUACGGCCAAGGCGCGGAAGCCGUACGCGCAUACCGAAUCGAACAGGGUCUCAGCAAAUCACCCGCUAGCACCCGACCCGCCAGCACAGAGCCACUGGAUAUCUCGUCACCGAUACCCACACAGCUUUCCUUCGUCCAGCAGACUUCAUCCCAGCCGGCGAGCUACAAGCAAGACCAGUUCACUAGCGAUUUUGCAUUGAUGAACGGCGCACACGUCAUCGAUGUCGAUGCUCAGGAUGAGCACGCCAUCAUGACCGAUAACGAAGAGGACGUCCAGUCUUAUGACCACUUCGGUACCACUUCUUCUUACCCUGGCGCUCAGUUUACUCCCUCCGAAGCCCAACCCUUCCAGCAACAGCAGGAGCAGCAGGAAGAGCACUACGACCGCGACCAUGACGCAGACUCUGAGAUGCAGGACGGCGACGACGAAGAACUGCUCGAUUACGACGAAGACUCCGAUCUCGACGAGGAAGACGAGAUUGACGAAGAUGAGGAUGCAGAGUCCUUCGACGAGGAAGACGAGGACGAAGAAGAAGAUGAAGACGAUGGUAGUGAGAACGGCAGUGACGAAGGAGGCGGCGCAGCAGACCCCGGUGCAAACGGCAAACCAGGUGCAACGGAAGACGAUGCCAUUGAACUCUCAGAUUAG